CGUGAAAUGCGUAAAACAGAUCACCGUCGUCUGCUUGUAUCCAGAUGGCGCGAAAACAGACAUAUGGCUGUAGCGUAUAUCAUAACUUUAUCUACAUACUAACAAGUUAAAGCUAGAGGAACAACACGUGCACUGAAUAACUCCGAUGCAGUUGAGGACAUUUUAGAAGACCAAUGAAGAUUAGCAUAAUUCCUAAGCAUGAAUACGUAUAUCUCGCUUUCGUCUGCUGGAUUGUGGAUUUUCACCUGUGUUUUGGUGAAGUGUUUACCGCCAUUUGUAAAUUACGCGAACUCCCCGCCAAAGAACAAGCCUUGAUUGCAACUUUUGACAGAUUUUUAAAAGACCAAAAAGAGAACUAUGCAAUCAACGAACUAAAAGAGUUUGUUGAGAAAAUGCGAGAAGAGAAUAGAAAGGUUUUGAACGACAGCCAUUAUGUAGAAAAUCCUAUAAACAGUUUCCAGUUAUUAUAUAGAACCGUUCAUAUAUGGGGCGAAAAACUGAGCCAAUACCUACAUUAUCCUACAUAUAAUAAUAAAUCUCUUCCAUAUUUUAUGAAUUCAGUAUUUAACAACACCCAGCAGAUGUCUUCUUGGCCCAAACAAUUUGAUCUUCGUGGUGCUAGCAUGGCUUUAGUACGAUUACGAUAUAUAUACAAUCUAGAUAUCGAGGAUAUUCGUCAUGGACGUCUUCCAACCAGUCAAACACAUGGUCUCAGUGGUAAUGAUUUACUCACCAUAGGUCAAACAGCAACACAGUUCGAUAAUCAGGCAGAAGCGAUACUCUGGUUGACAGAAUCUAUUGCUGUUCUUUCCAAAGACCCCCAAAAUAAUGAACUGGUUAUUCGUGCCUACAGAUCAUUGGCUGAUAUUUUUGUAAGAUUCAAUGCUCCACAUAUGGCACUAGAUAUGAUGAAAACAGCUUUACACAUAGAUCCAAAUAAUAGUGGCGUCAAGCGAGAUAUGGCGAUAUAUAAUGAUGUCAUGACCGAUUAUGUAAAACAUUUACGGCCCUUUUUAACUAUCCUUGAAAUAACCAAUCUAAAACGGGAUGCCCCAAUAUUCACCCCGAAUUAUGCCGAAUUAUGCCGAGGAGAAAUAAAGACACCAGAAGAGUUGUCCCAGUUGUCAUGCAGAUUCCGCGAAACUCAGAUACCAUUUAUAUUUGCCAAAGAGGAAGAAGUCAACUCUGAUCCAGCCAUUUUGGUGUUCCAUGACGUCAUAAGUGAUAGUGAAAUAGAACAGUUACAAAAGAUUGCCCAUGCUUCGAUGAGACGAUCGACUGUUGUAGAAAGAGAUAGCUCAAUAAAGGAAACUGAGGUUAGAAUCAGUAACAAUGCAUGGAUUUAUGAUUCUGAAUCUGUAGCUGAUAAAUUAUCUAGACGAAUUGAGAUGAUAACAGGAUUGAGCGCACUAAACAGAAACUACGAUACUCAUGCUGAACCGUAUCAGAUUGUUAACUAUGGUUUAGGUGGAAUGUACGACCCUCACUUUGACAGUUUGGCGAAAGAUGGCCAACCAAAAUCAGAGGACGAAGCUUAUAGAAAUUCUGGAGAAAGAACAGCAACCUGGAUGUUUUAUUUGAGUGAUGUAUUAUCUGGUGGCGCCACGGUCUUUCCCAAACUAAAAGCAAGGGUUCAAGUAAAAAAGGGUUCAGCAGCAUUUUGGUUUAACACACAUAGAAAUGGUUUUCCUGAUAUGAGAACACUACACGCAGGUUGUCCUAUUCUUGAGGGGGACAAGUGGGUGGCAAAUAAAUGGUUGCGAAGUAUUGGACAAACAUUCAGGAGACCAUGUGCAUUAAAUCCUAAUUUAUAAUGAACUGUGUAUUUGAUAGCAUUCAAUGCUCGACUCCUGUUCAGCUUGUAUGUUUACUUUGUUAUUCUGAAGGAUUAUAUGGCGUUUUAGCAUGUUAUUGCUUCCUUUUCUUCCAAGAGUGAAACACCAAGUGUUAAUCUGAUUAAAAUAAAGAUCUAAAUUUAGAUUCGUUUCUUUCAAUGACCUCCCCGAUCGAUUUUCAGGAAGUUACGUCUGGGGUCAUAUAGGUGAAUUUUGACUGGAUGACGUAAGCUAUCUAUAUUUAUCUAUUGUUCUCUCCUGGUCAGCAAAUCUAUUCAUCUAUGUCUCCCAUAAUUCAACGUUUUUCUAAACAGAUGCGAUCAUUGGCUAAUUACAUAUAUAAAAGAAAAUGCGCGGUUCAUUAAAAAUCCUUCCAGACCCCUACUGUCGUGAAGAGGAAUGGAACGAAAUUUGAUCUAUAAAACACAAAACGAUAUAGGAUUUUAAUUAGAUCGAUAUACUGUUGAACCAUUGCAGACAGUCUUUUCAACUUUAUAUCUGUAAGUCCUAUAGAUGUUUAAUCAUUAGUCAAAUGUUUACAAUUAAUAGAAAGCAGGAAAUGUGUGCAGGAUUGACUUGUAAAUUGAUAAUGAAAUUAAUACGAAGUGAAUUAUUGUAAAUUGAUAAUGAAAUUAAUACGAAGUGAAUUGUUGUAAAUUGAUAAUGAAGUUAAUACGAAGUGUCAAAGUAUUAAAUGAUGUUAAAGCACCCAUAGAUCCAUAUAAUUCUUAGCCGUAAUCAAAUAUGAGCAUUCAUUAAUUUCUUCUCCAUCGUCUUGCCUCUUUCUGUGUGUGGUGCAUACUUUCUUUGACAUUUACAAAUGCAGCAAACAAGAAUUGUAAUGGGCGAAAAACGACGGCUUGCUGUUGAAUAGAUACUAUUGACAGACAAGUUGAAAUUUGUCCGAAAUGUCUAUUAAACAGCUAAUAAUACGUACUUACCAAUAUUACAAGAGUGGGGUAUUAGUAAUUAAUAAAUUAAAUUCAAUCUGAUUAAAACACAGAUCCUAUUUCAUUUCAUUUUUUAUAGUUUAAAAUUUCGUUUUACUUGUCUUUACUAUACUAAGAUCUGGACGAGUUAUUACAUAACCCACGUUCUGGUUGAUGUUAGGGAUUUGCCAAUGCAACGGUCUGUUUCGCCGAGUGCUUGGCUUGCGGUGCACGGAACUGUGGGUAGAAACAUCAAUACUGAUUGCUCAGACUAACGUAAUUGGGUCAAAAGCAGCUCGUAUAACAGCUUACGCGACUUCCCACUACAAAUGGUCAGAUCUUCGUGUAGUGCAGGCCAUCGAUAGUAUAACAAACGAAACGAAAUAUAGAUCUGUUUUUUAAUCAGAUUGAAGUAAAUUGUGUAGUUUGUGAUGGUGUAUCUGUCCUUUUUUGAUCUUCUCAAGUGUUACAGUAUAUUGUUAAAAUGUAUAGUAUUAAUACAGUGUAUAUAUAUAGCGACCGUGGCGUGCAGAGGAUUGGUUAUGUCCGGGACCAAUUCCAUGAUAGUAUACCCCCAACAUUCAAGUACAGGACCUAAAAGUUAGAAAGACAUUUUAAAUAAACAGAUGAAAUAAAUGAGUUAUUCAAAUUCUGUACGUUAGUUUGUACGAAGUUAAGAUUAUUUAUUUUCGCUCUUUCAUUGUAUGACCACUGAAAUGCAUGCCCAGGGUCGUCGCUCUCUCCAUCGUCUCUACACGCCACUGGUUAACGACUUUUGAAACUAACCAUUCCAUGUUUCGGUUACCUAAUUCCGUAGGUUGGAAGGAAACGCUACUUUAACAUUAUCAGUAUUACAUCCAUGUUAAAUCUAAGUGUAAACUAUAUUUUGAUUGAUUUGUAAUUGAAUUAUGUAUUGUUUUUGUUAUCUUCAAUUGCUUGCUGGCUUAGCGGAAUGGUUUAAUUACUUUAUUUUGGCAUGAUUAUUGUUUUCAAUGACAUGAUUAUUGUUUUCAAUGACAUGAUUAUUGUUUUCAAUGACAUGAUUAUUUUUAUGGAAAUAGUUGUUUUGAUUGAAAUUGAUGCAAAGUUAGAGUAUGCAAAUGGUUAUUUUGAUCGAAAUGUUUUUUUUUUUUUACUGAAAUAGUUGUUAUGAUUGGAAUUAUUGUUUUCAUUGAAAUGUUUUUUUUGUUUUAAAUAGUUGUUUUGAUUGAAAUUAGUUGAUUAUUACAGUAUAAAAGACACCGAAGCAAAGAUUUUGCCAAUCUUUUAUGAUAUGUAGGUACAUUUGUUAAUGAGGUUUAUAUGAUAUAUAGGUACAAUCCGAUUAAAACACAGAUCCUAUUUCGUUUCGUUUUUUAUAGUUCAAAAUUUCGUUUUACUUGUAUUUACUACACUAGGAUCUGGACGAGUUAUAUUACCGGCGUUCUGGUUGAAGUGAGGGAUUAGCCAAUGAAACGGUCUGUUGCGGCGAGUUCUUGGCGUGCGAUAUACGGAACUGUGGGUAAACCACUAGAAACGUCAACGCUGACAUACCAGUACAAAUGGACAGAUCUUCAUGUUGUGUAGGCCAUCGAAAGUAUAUAUAUAAACAACGAAACGAAAUAUAGAUCUGUAUUCUAAUCAGAUUGAUACAGGUAUUAUUAGCACAUGGCUUAAUUAUGUAAGUAAUAUAUAUAUAUAUAUAUAUAUAUUGUCAUCAGUGGGCGUAUUUGUAAUGCGGUUUAUGUAAUAUGCCUGUAUUAAUAAUCAAUAUGUACGUCUCUUAACGUGGUCAUAUAAUAUACAUAGUGUUAUCAAUAUGUGCAGUUGUUAUCGUGGUUUAUGUAAGAUAAUCUAGCGCUGCGCAUGUACCCGUUACAAUUUAAAAAAAAAAAUCCAAUCUGUUUAGACUCAAACUGAUGAGAAUAUUGAGUUACCGAUAUUUUGCGAAGACGCUAUGGUGGUCUGUUAAAUCUAAUAUUCUUUUAUUAGAGUGCAACGUGUGGGUUUUUAUUAAAUUCGGUACAGACAUGAAUGUGCAUGCUAUAUAAUAUGGGUGUCUCUAAAUUAUUGUUAUUUAUGUAAUGUAUAUAAAUGUAUAUAAGAAAACCGUAUGUAAAUUAUUGAACUAUGUAAGAUAUAAACAUAAAUUCAAUUAUGCAAAUACCCGAUAUGCAUUAUAUGAAAUAAAGUAUA